AGAUGCGUAGUCGCAACAACAAUUGCACUACAGACACACAAUUCAUAAUGUCGCGGCCCGAAUCAAUACAGUCACUAGGAAAAGUCAUCAUCGUCGGUGGAUGUGGAUUUUUGGGCAGCCACAUCGUCAGCUUCAUCGUUAAGCGUCACCCCCAGACACAAAUCGCAGUUAUCGAUCUACGAACGACGUCGAAUCGCCAUGCCAGUCCGACAGUUUCGUAUCACGAUGGUGAUAUCACCGACGAAGCGGUAAUGAAGUCGAUAUUUUCUCAAGUCAAGCCUGACGCUGUCAUUCACACUGCCUCUCCUCACUUCGAUCUGAAGCCCGAGAUUCACACAAAGGUCAACAUAGGAGGCACCAAGGUCCUGCUGAAAGCUGCCCAAGAAUCUGGCGUAAAGGCAUUCGUCUACACGAGCUCAGCAAGCGUCAUUCUCGAUCCCGCAGUUGAGCUCAUCAAUGCGGACGAGAGGUGGCCGCUUGUCACUGGCGACGACCAGCCCGAGUACUACACGACAACAAAGGCAUAUGCGGAGACAGCUGUGCUCGAAGCCAACCGCAAGCCUGAGAACUUCCUGACCUGCGCCAUCCGUCCUGCAGGUAUCUUCGGCGAGGGCGAUGUACAAUUACUCCCCAAGAUGAUUGGCGCGUACCGCAAGGGACAGACCAAAUUCCAGGUCGGACCCAACACGAACAUGUUCGACUUCACUUACGUGGAGAACGUUGCGCAUGGCCAUGUCCUCGGUGUCCUUGCACUCCUCCAAACCCACAAGGUCCUGCCUACAAUUCCUCUAGACCACGAGCGCGUCGAUGGCGAAGCCUUCUUCAUCACCAACGGCGAGCCUGUAUACUUCUGGGACUUUGCGCGCGCGGUAUGGCAUGAGGCAGGUGAUCGUUUGCCUUUGGGCAGUGUAUGGCAUCUCAGCGCCGACGUGGCCUGGACAAUUGGAGCGAUUCUAGAGAACCUCUUUUGGGUACUUGGGAAGAAGCCGAACCUGACCAGGGCUCAGGUCAGGUACAGCAGCAUGUCAAAGUACCACAGCAUUGCCAAGGCGAAACAGCGGUUGGGAUACGAACCACUUGUUGGUCUGGAGGAGGGUAUCAAGAGAGGCGUAGGAUAUAUUCUGGAACAGGAGAAGAAGGCUGGCGAGAAGAAGGGUCAGUAGAUGCUAGAACUUGUGGCAUUUGAAGCCGGUUACUUCCAAGAUUCCCAGAGCGAUUAUUGGCGUGUGUAGUUUCUGUAGAUAAUGUAAUUAUAUCC